CACCUCUCUUUCCUCUCCAAUCACAGAGAGAGACCAGCGGCAAACAAGAAGUGAGCACACAGAGAGAGAAACCCGAAAAAGUAAAAAAGAAAUGCCGAUCUCUCGGAUAGCGAUCGGGACUCGGGAGGAGGCGACUCAUCCGAGCGCCCUCAGAGCCGCUCUCGCUGAGUUAAUCUCCACUCUAAUCUUCGUCUUCGCCGGCCAGGGCUCUGGCAUGGCUUUCAGCAAGCUGACCGGCGGCAGUUCGACCACGCCGGCGGGCCUGGUGGCAGCGUCGCUGGCGCACGCCUUCGGUCUGUUCGUGGCGGUGUCGGUGGCCGCCAACAUCUCGGGCGGGCAUGUCAACCCGGCUGUGACCUUCGGCGCCUUCGUCGGCGGCAACAUCACUCUUCUCAGAGGGAUUCUCUACUGGUUCGCUCAGCUCCUCGGCUCCACUAUUGCCUGCUUCCUCCUUCGCUUCUCCACCGGCGGCCUCUCCACCGGCACCUUCGGCCUCACCGGCGUCAGCGUCUGGGAGGCGCUCGUCCUCGAGAUCGUCAUGACCUUCGGCCUAGUCUACACCGUGUACGCCACCGCCGUGGACCCCAAGAGGGGCAACCUCGGGACGAUUGCACCGAUUGCGAUCGGUUUCAUCGUGGGAGCCAACAUCCUCGCCGGUGGGGCCUUCGACGGGGCGUCGAUGAACCCGGCGGUGUCCUUCGGGCCGGCGCUGGUGAGCUGGUCCUGGAGCGACCACUGGGUCUACUGGGUCGGUCCGCUCAUCGGCGGCGGCCUCGCCGGCCUCGUCUACGAGUUCUUCUUCAUCUCCAACACUCACGAGCAGCUCCCCAGCGCCGACUACUGAGAAAGAACUGUUGCUCGUUCUUAUGUUGUUAGCAAUUCCUCUUCUUCUCGGCGUGCAGAGGGUUUAAUUUGCCAGGCUCUUGUUUUCUCUUUCCUUCCUUCGUGAUCUCUUCAUGUAUCUUCUUUAUUUGCCUUUGUCCUCCUCCAUUUGUCUCGGUCCCUUCUUUCUCUGUUUCUGUAGAUUCCAAGCUUGUGAAAAGAAUUUGCGUCCGUUUCCAUA